AUGUAUACAAAAGAUUAUGUUUUAUCGACCACAACGUUCUACAAUGAAGAAAAUGGUUCUGAAUUGGCGAAUUUCUUUUCGUUGAGAGAUAAUUCAUCAAAAGAGUGGAACCUCAAAAAUACUGUUGACUAUCUUCAAAAAAUUUCUGAAGAUAAUGAACUUGAUUUCGAGAGUGAAAUAAUAUUGCACCUAAGGGUCCUCAAAUCAAUAGGAGAAAAAAAAUUUGAUGAUGCUUUCAGAGGACAGUUGGCAAUUUUACAAAACAUUGUUAAAUAUCUUCAAUCUGAUAGUGAAAACUGGAUGGUGCCACUUGCGAACACAGUUUGCGUAGAUCUUAGAUAUCUGUUAAAUGCGUAUGAUAAAUAUGAGUCCACAAAUAAAAAAUUGAAAUUAGAAAGGUACAAUGAUUUUCAAAAAAAAUACAUAGAUAUAAUGAUGAUGUAUUUCCGUAUUUGUUCUAAUGACAUUCGAGCUCCAGCACGGCAAUCCAAACGUUGGACAAUAAUGUUUAUCGUAAAUCAGAUGUUGAAAGUGUAUCAUAAAAUCAAGAAAUUUCAUUUGACUACAGGUUUGACAAAAACUAUUUUCAUGUGCCCAGACAAGAACACAUUUCCAAUUGCACAUAUUGUCACUUUUUAUUAUUAUACUGGAUGUAAAGAAAUAUUUGAAGGAAAAUUUAAUGAUGCUAGAGAAAAUUUAACAAUUGCAUUCGAAGGAUGUCAUAGAAGCUCUAUCAAAAACAAGACAUUGAUUUUAAAGAAACUCAUCCCAUUAAAUAUGUUGCAUGGAAUAAUGCCAUCAAAAGAUCUUCUCGAUAAGUAUAAUUUGGAUAUAUUCAAAGAACUGACUGAGUCCAUUAAAAUGGGCAAUGUCCAAAAAUUUAGAGAGUGCAUUGAUGUUAAUGAAGUAUAUUACAUGAAAUGCGGAAUUUAUUUGUUACUACAAAAAUUGAUAAAUCUUGCAUACAGGAACUUGUUUAAGAAAUUUUUCUUAAUUGCUAACAAUCAUAUUAUACCAGUUGAUACUAUAGCAGCUAUAUUGAAAAAGUUUGACGACCCUGAUACAGAUUAUGACAAAGCGCAGUCUCUAUUAGUUAACAUGAUUUAUAGAGGGACGCUACGCGGAUAUUUAUCACAUGCUCACAAGAAAGUUGUAUUGAGUAAAAAAGAUCCAUUCCCCACUGGUAAACAAGUUUUUGACAAAGCUACAAAGUCUAUCAAUGAAAUUGGACAUAAUUAG